AUGGAUCUAUUAAUAAAUAAAUAUCCAAUUCAUUUUAUCGAUGAACAAUUUCAACAUGUGUUAAACAAAUUCCAUAUUUCAGAAGUAUUGAAUACAAACAAUUUUCAACAAUUACGACAACAAAUAAUUAAUCAUUCAUUUGAACCCAAAGUACCAAUUGACUAUGGACAAACAAUAUUCGUUCAUUUCACCUACUGCUCCAAUAUGAGAUCAUUUCCAAAGAAAUUCCAUCAACUAUGGACAGAAUUCUUUGGUAAAUCACCAAUAAACGAUAUUUCGCCCAUUCUUGGUACUCGUAAUUGUGAAAAUCUUCUACAACAGCUAAGUCAUACUCGUUAA